CAGAACAGAUUGUUUUUAAUUUGAAGUCCAAUAAAAGAGCAGAAAAGAGAGAAAAAGAAAAGAGAGAGACCAUCUCCAGGUAUGUUGAGAAGGAUCUUCAUCUUAUAUCCUGGUUUUGCAGCCCUUCUUCUACUUCUGUUAGUUCCUAUAACAUGUAAAGCCAAGCGCAAUCAUCGGGUCUGUACCUCUUCCUGCGGGAAUAUUCAUAAUAUAAGCUACCCUUUCCGACUGAAAGAUGAUCCACGGAGCUGCGGAGAAAGCGAGUAUGAGCUGGCUUGUGAGACUAACCGCACAAUCUUAUACUUGUAUUCAGGAAAAUACAAAGUAGAAGAAAUCAAUUAUGAGAUCUUCACCAUAAGGAUUGUUGACACUGGCCUACAAAAAGAUGACUGCUCUUCUCUGCCUCUGCAUUCUUUGACUUACAGAAACUUUACUAGUCAACGUCCAAUUAGAUAUUGGCGGUCUUCUGAGAAUUCGGCUCUAAAUUUUAUUGAUUGUGAAGCUCCAAUAAGUUCUUCUAUCUACAUGGAUAUGGCACCUUGCAGUAAAAACAGUUCUGCCCACUUUUCUUUAUCUUCAAUUCAAACAUAUUCAUAUGUUGUAGUUGGAUACAUGUCGUUGUCAGAUUUACAGAACUCUUGCAGGAUAGACUUGGAGGUCAGUGUCUCAACCCGUGGGCAGAAGAUUGACAACAGUUCUUGUUCAGGCAUCCAUGAUGGGAUGCUAUACGGGACUGACCUUCAAUGGUGCAAGUGUCUCUCCUCCGUGUGCCCUCCUUGCGAUUUUAUAUUUUCAUCAGAGUACCCCUGGUAUUGGAUUGUAGCAGAUAUUCUGUCAUAUGGAUUCGUUUUCAUUGUUGCUAUUGUUGCUGUGAGAACUUUGUUCGGGAGUCCAUGUGUUGUGAUAUUUUUGAUCUACAAAUGGAGAAGGAGGAACUUAUCCAUGUACCAUGCCAUUGAGGAGUUCAUUCAAGCUCAAAAUAAUCUAACACCGAUAAGGUACUCUUACUCAAAUAUUAAGAAGAUGACAAAAGGUUUCAUGGAAAAACUGGGUGAAGGAGGCUAUGGUUCGGUAUACAAAGGAAAGCUUCGAAGUGGUCAUUUCGUAGCUGUAAAAAUGAUGGCCAAUUCCAAAGCCAAUGGACAAGAUUUCAUUAAUGAAGUUGCUACAAUUGGAAGGAUUCAUCAUGUCAAUGUGGUGCAAUUAAUUGGAUUUUGUGCCGAGGGAUCGAAGCGUGCUCUUGUAUAUGACUUUAUGCCUAAUGGGUCUCUUGAUAAGUACAUAUUUCCUGAAAAGGAAGGAAAUAUCUCCUUAUUAAGCUUAGAGAAAAUGUAUGAAAUUUCUCUAGGGGUGGCCUAUGGGAUUGAAUACUUACAUCGAGGUUGUGACACCCAAAUCCUGCAUUUUGAUAUCAAACCUCACAAUAUUCUUCUUGAUAAGAAUUUCACUCCGAAGGUUUCAGACUUUGGCCUCGCGAAAUCAUAUCCAACAGAUCAUAGUAUUGUGUCCCUAACUGCAGCAAGAGGGACAAGGGGAUACAUGGCUCCAGAGUUGUUCUACAAAAACAUUGGAGGAGUCUCAUACAAAGCUGAUGUUUAUAGUUUUGGGAUGCUGUUGAUGGAAAUGGCAGGCAGAAGGAAGAAUUUGAAUGUUUUUGCGGAGCAUUCAAGCCAAAUUUACUUUCCUUCCUGGGUUUACGAGCAGUUCAAUGAAGGAAAAGACAUAGAAAUGGAAGAUGCAACAGAGGAAGGAAAGGAGCUUUCCAAAAAGCUGAUUAUAGUAGCCUUAUGGUGCAUACAAUUGAAGCCCAGUGAUCGUCCUUCAAUGAACAAAGUUGUGGAGAUGCUUGAAGGAAAUGUGGAGCUCCUGCAGAUGCCUCCAAAGCCUCUUCUAACUCCACAAGAGGUGCCAGCUGAGGAUCAUGUAAACAACAAAAAGCCGGCAGAAAUGUCAAUUAGUAUCAGAUAGUGUGUGCCAUAUACUAAAAAAACUCAAAAGUAGACCAUCAAUCUUAUUGAUCCCCACCUAUCUAUGAUAGAAAGAAGGGCAUAUAUCAAUAUCUAUUCUGAUAUACCCAUCAAGAGACUUCUAAGUUAUUUUGCUAUGAUUAUCAUUUGUCUGCCUCA